AACUUGGCGUUACCGCUUACCUAGAUAAGGUACCACUAAUAUUCAGCGCCUACCGAUAUUUCUCUCAAAUACUCGACAAAGAUCGGUUUGCCAUGUUCUAUAUUCAAGCUUCUUAUUGGAUUGCGGGAUUCUACCAACAAGGUGUGCACCGUGGCAUUGGUAUAACCAAGAUCCUGCUUAAAUAUCCACAGUUGGGUAUAGUGUACAGUUUUCAAUUGCCUAUUUUCAUGACGACAGUGUUUCGUUGAUGUCACUUUUUGUUAGGUUAUAUUUAUGCUCUCAAGAUGUGCGAAACUCUAGCUGCUCUUGACCACGAAGGCGCUCCGCCCCUGCUAAAAAUCCGUCUUCCACUUCCUCACCGACUGGACUGCUUCCUAAAACUUUGGAUAUUCAAAUUUCUUGUAUUCAUCGUUUUCGCAGUCGAUAGAUUGCUACAUCCAGCACCGCCGUCCCUACGUCCUACUCUCAUAAAGCGCUAUCCAUGUCGUCCAGCUCUCCACACUCGGGUUUUCUACCCACCAGUCUAUAAAUCAGGGGCCUUGUUGCCGUUGUACCUAAAUAUCCAUGGCGGCGGGUUUGCACUCUGCGACCCCCAGCACGAUGACGAGUUCUGCGUCAUGUGGGCAAAGCGUACCGGUAUGCUGGUCGUUUCCCUCGACUACUCCAAAGCGCCGCUACAUCCCUUUCCCGUCGCAGUCUUCGACGUAGGUGCUCUUGCUGGCGCUGUUAUUGCCGAUGCCAGUCUACCCAUCGAUAAGACUAGAGUCUCAAUGGGAGGAUUCAGCGCAGGCGGCAAUCUUGCCCUCUGUGCGAGCCAACUGGCGGGACUGAAGGGCACUAUCAAGGCCGCGUUGACAUUCUACCCAAUCGUGGAUUGGAGCCAUACUCAACAAGAGAAACUAGACGGACGACCUUAUACGGACGGGCCGAAAGACUCGCUGGAGGCUUCCAGCUACUGGUUUGACUGGGCAUAUGUCUCGUCUGGCCAGAAUCGUCGCGACCCUUUGCUUAGUCCGUGCUAUGCGAGGGGAGAGGAUCUUCCACCUUGGAUUUACGUCAUCGGAGCGGAGUGGGACAUGUUGAGGCUGGAGAGUCAGGAGAUGAUUCACAAUCUUGCGGGGCUCGGUACAAAGAAUAACGACGAAGAUUUUGAACAAGGUCGGUACAAAUGGACACUAGCUAGGGGGUGCUCUCAUGGGUUCACUCAUCACUUUGGGCAGAAGCCGGAGAAUAAAAGGAAGAGGAUGGAGAAGUGCGAGCCCAUCUACGAACAGGCCAGUGCGUGGUUGGCGAAAGCGUUAGAAUCGAGAACACCAUCAGCAUGUCGAUGAGAAGACAAGAAUUACUUGCUAGUUCUUGUACAAUUAAUUGCACUGCGUAGUGUCACUUCCAUGUGCGUCAUAAGCUUGCGUUAUGGAGUGAAACGGACGGUCCUGA